CCAAGCAACAGAAUAUAUCAAAUCUUUCCCAAGCACCUCCCACCAUUGUUUAUCCCAUACAUCAGAAGCAAUAACACAUGGGUUGUUCCUGUGAACUAUUCAAUCCCCUCCUACAAAUCAAUAUUAUCUUAAUGGGUAUAUAUCUGCCUUGUAUACAUUCAUGAUUUCAAGAAAAGAACCUUUCACCUAUUACAUACUCUGUGAACUAAAAACAUUUCAAACCAACCCAUGUAAGAGUUUCUAGUAAUGGAUACCCAUGAUAGGCAAAGAAGAGGCUUCUUUGGUGCUUACCGUUCCGGCGCACCGGAAUCAGUUGCAGCAGCAGCCAAGGCAAGCAAACCUUUGUCAAGAAAUUGGGUUCUGAGGAAAUCAAAGACUCAUCAUGAGAAGGAAAAAGCAGGACAUGGCGAUACAGCGGUCGCGGUGAAAUUGGAGGAGUCAAGGAAAUCAGUAUCACAUGUUGAAACAAACCUAUCAUCAGUGACUUCAUUCCUUCAAGUCAAAGUUCUGGCUACAGACAUGCCAGGAUACAUGCAGGUUCAUGCCUUCAGGUGUGCAAGAAGAACCUAUGACAGUUUAGAGAAGUUUAGUACUAAACAUAUGGCUUACAACAUCAAGAAGGAGUUUGAUAGAGUAUAUGGGCCUGCCUGGCAUUGCAUUGUGGGUUCAAGUUUUGGAUCCUUCGUGACACAUUCGACAGGUUGUUUCCUUUAUUUUUCAAUGGAAAAAAUAUUUGUUUUGGUGUUUAAGACAAAGGUUCAGAAAGCACAGUGACUAAAGAAACUUACAACUCCAUAUUAUAGGCCCAAACAUGGGUUUGACAUCUUUAUGCUUUCUUUCAUCACUAUAAUAUUUCUUUAAGAAUGAUGUAUAUGUUACAAUUGUAAUAAGGAUUUAUGAGUUUAUAUAAUGAUUUUAAGAUC